AUGAGAAGAAAAAUGUGUGAUAGAUAUUUCUAUAAAUACCUUAAAUAUACAAUAAAGCCCAGUAAAGGAAACAUUAAACUUUUUGGUUGUUUCUCAUAUAAUGGUGUAAGUAUAUUGGAAAUAAUAAAAGGAAAUAUAGAUGUAAUUAUGUAUACAAUGAAUUUAAACAAAAAUCUAAAAAAAUUAGCAAAGGGUUUAGUCUUGAAUGAAAAAUUGUCUUUCAGUGAGAUAAUGAUCCUAAACACACUGUUAAGAUCACAGAUGAUAGGUUUGAAAAAAAUGAUAUCAAUAUUUUAG